UCGUGAACAGAAUCCCGUCUCGGCACCUCCUCAAAUAAAAUUUUUCGUUUUCCGUCCUUAUGUGCACGUCUACCAGUGGAAAACUAGGAAACGGCGAAUAGUUCGGCCAUUCGCGCUGUACGAAAAAGACAACCUAACCAGUAACCACCACCAAAUAUAUUAUAAUCUCGUCUACAGAUGACGAGGCGGCUGCGAUCUACCGGCAAAACAAAUCUGACGACGGUCUAUUGAACCGUGAUAAGUAGUGCGUGCGCGUGUGUGUUUUUUUUUCAUUGCUGUCAUUAUUAUUAUUAUCAGGAACUUCGGCGACAGGCUACUGGUUGGCAGACUGAGACGGCAGUCCACCACACUUGACGUUAGCUAUAUAGGAAUUGGGAUUCGAGUCUCUCCUUAACGACGCGUUAAGGUUUAGAAAAAAAAAUCGUGUUCUUGCGAAAUCAUUCGCGAAUCCGUUGCCAAGUGAUCGAUUAGACAGAUUUGUUUCGAUCACGCUCCUUAAAACCCGCCUAAGUCUGCAGUCCAUCUGACGGUAAAACAUCACAGAGAGAGAAGGAAAAACGAAAAUCGCUGAUCACAUAAACUCGAAGAAUCCUUCGCAAUGGCCGGUCAAACAAUACAAGAUAGACUAUUGGCAGCUCGACACAGUUUGGCUGGACAAGGUCUGGCAAAGUCCGUAUGCAAGGCCACCACUGAAGAGCUAAUCGGACCGAAAAAGAAACAUUUGGAUUACUUGAUUCACUGUACUAAUGAACCAAAUGUGUCAAUUCCUCAACUUGCCAAUCUAUUAAUUGAACGGUCACAAAAUGCCAGUUGGGUUGUAGUAUUUAAAUCAUUAAUCACAGUUCAUCAUUUAAUGUGUUAUGGGAACGAGAGAUUUACACAAUACUUGGCAUCCAGUAAUAGUUCCUUUCAACUUAGCAAUUUUUUGGAUAAAAGCAGUUUACAAGGUUAUGAUAUGUCACCAUUUAUUAGACGUUAUUCUAAAUACUUAAAUGAAAAAGCUUUAUCUUAUCGUACCGUGGCAUUUGAUUUUUGUAAAGUUAAAAGAAGCAAAGAAGAUGGUGUACUGCGCACCAUGAAUUCAGAAAAAUUAUUGAAGACUUUACCAGUCUUACAGUCACAACUUGAUGCAUUACUUGAGUUUGAUUGUUCUGCUGCUGAUCUCACAAAUGGUGUAAUUAACAUGGCAUUCAUGUUGUUAUUUCGUGAUCUUAUCCGAUUGUUUGCUGGUUAUAAUGAUAGUAUCAUUAAUCUUUUAGAAAAAUAUUUUGAUAUGAAUAAAAAGCAAUGUCGGGAUGCUUUAGAUUUAUACAAAAAGUUUCUCAUUAGAAUGGAUCGUGUAGGCGAAUUUCUUAAAGUGGCAGAAAAUGUUGGAAUCGACAAGGGUGAAAUACCGGAUCUAACUAAAGCUCCGAGUAGCUUAUUGGAUGCAUUAGAACAACAUUUAGCUUCUAUCGAAGGCAAAAAAUCUGCAGCAAACACUCCCACACAAGCAACAAGCACUCAUCGGACAGAUGUAAAGACUGGUGUAUCUGCCCUUUCUUCCACUAGCAGCUCUUUUGGAACAAUUGCUCAGCAAGCAGAUGGAGUUGAGGAGUCAUUGAAGCAAGCUGUUUUGGCUGAAGAAGAAGCUGUUUUAAAUCAAUACAAGGCCAAAGUCAACAGUCCUGUGAAUGGCACAAUUGCUUCAGUCAACAAUCCGUUCUUGGUUUCAUCUGAGCCUAUUGUAGACUUGUUUUCAUGUCCAGCUCCAGCUACACAGAUGUCAACUAAAGCUUCUGACGAUUUACUUCAAUUAAGUAAUCCAUUUGCUGACAUGUUUUCAACUCCUAUGACAGGAUCACAAACAAAUACUUCAAAUGAUAUGUCUUCUCCUCUUGCUAACAACUGGAUGAGCAAUGGAUUUAAUACAAAUACUAGCAAUGCAUUCGUUGAUGAUAAAUCAUUUACAUCUGUUUUUGGUCAACCUGAAUCUAACCAAUCAUGUCCUGCUCCCACUACUACAGCUGCGUGUCCUGGGACAUUUUUUAUUUCCUCAAAUGUUUUUUCUGAUUCAAAUAUUUUUGAAUCAAGUCCUCCAUCUAUAGAAAAAUCACAGUCCAGAAAAUCUAGUGGGGCAUCAAUACCUCCACCGAGACCUCCUCCACCUUCUACUUCUCUUCCAUCAUCUAAUCCUGAUCCUAAUCCUGUUUUGGAUUUGGCAGCAGAUAUUUUCCUUCCUCAAAGUGUCCCUCAACCUAUUUAUGGAUCUCCUGGCAAAACCGAUUUGGCCGCACUUGCUUCAGGUGCACCUGAUUCAGGUAAUAAGAAGGUAUUAACUGGAGAUUUAGAUAGCAGUUUAGCAUCAUUAGCAGAAAAUCUUACCAUUAAUAAAGUUACACAACCGCCACCAGUUCAAUGGAAUUCUCCUAAAAAUACUCCAAAACCUGGUAAUGGUCAACCAGGAAUGGGUUGGAGCCCUCAGCCUAUGGCUGCUACAACUGGUGCAAAUUAUCGACCAAUGGGUCAAGGAAUGAUGUCCAACCCUUCACCAUUUGUAUCAACAUAUGGUCCAAUGGGUGUACAACCCAGCUGUAUUGGUGGUAGUGCAGUAGGUGGUGGUAAUCUUGGAAUGACUGCUCCUUCCAGUUCUCAGACCUCUCAACCACAGCCUGUCUUAGAUCCUUUUGGUUUAUAAGGAAAUAAACUGGGACUGAAAAGCGAAAUGUACAGUUUUUAUUGUAUACACAUUAUAAAGGGUUCUCAGAAUAACUAUCAUUGCAACAACCCUAGUGCCAUAAUUUCAAACUCUUAAUUGGCAAAAUGAAUAUAAUUUCAGGUAUUACUGUUAUUUAGUUAAAAAUCUAUUAUUUAUACUUAUAUUGUGAAAGUAUAAGAAUAAAAUAAUGCCCAAAAUAAAUUCUGCCUAUUUUAGCCUAAAUCAUUUUAAAUUAAACAUAAAGUAUUAUAUUUAGAUUAUUACUUAAAAAUAGGCAAACUCUAGCUUAGAGAUAAAAAAUGUGUGUUCUAUGAAAAAGAGAUUGUUCCUUUAGGAAUAAAGUAACAAUUUUAGUUUACGAUCUUGUUAAGUUUUAUAACUUAAUAUUAAGUGCAAUAUAAAAUAAAGUUUGAUUUAAAUUAUAUCCUAUUCGUUUACCUCAU